UUGUCAAAUAUUUUUUUGUUACGUUAAAUCCAUUAUGAAAUCCUUGUCAAGUCAGUCAAAUGGAUUUGUCACGUCAUAAUAACUAAUUAAUCACAUUUUCGUUUCGAAAGAGCGAUAAUUCAAUUCAAGAGUGAAAUUGAAUAUAUAUAUACAAAGCUUACUUUCUAGACGCACGAUUACCAGUAUUACUCUAUAAUUAAUUUUCAACCCAUACCAAGAUUUCACUAUCAUUUAUUUAACUUUUUAUUUUGUAACAUUAUAAAUUAUAUGGGAGGUUGAUUUUAUUUAUAGUAAUGGAAACAUAUGAAAGUGUUUUACUUGUGAAAAAUGAGGUGUUUGUGUUCAAAAUACCACCGAGGACAUCUAACAGAGGAUAUAGGGCUGCUGAUUGGAAUCUACAAGAACCUCAAUGGACGGGUCGCAUGAGGCUCGUGGCGAAGGGGGAGGAAUUAAUAAUGAAGUUGGAAGAUAAGACAUCUGGCGAGUUGUUUGCUAAAUGUCCUAUAGACAAGUACCCUGGAGUGGCCCUGGAAGCCGUGACCGAUAGCUCACGGUAUUUUGUUGUCAGAAUUCAAGAUGACAAUGGAAGAAGUGCUUAUAUAGGUUUAGGAUUUGGGGACAGAUCGGAUUCAUUUGAUCUCAAUGUUGCUCUACAAGAUCAUUUUAAAUGGUUGCGGAAAGAGCAAGAAGGUGAGCAGACUCCUCAGCAGCAGCUUGAUCUGGGUUUCAAAGAAGGAGAAACAAUAAAAAUAAACAUGAAAAUAACUAAGAAGGAUGGAAGUGAAGGUAACAAGACGCGUCGAGGUGGAGGCAUAGGUGGAGGAGGAGGACUGUUGCCGCCACCACCAGGCGGAUCCCGCCUUCCUCCGCCACCAUCGCCGCAGCAUGCACCUUCACCAUCUGCUCCCAUGGUCCCUGGAACGGCUAAUUCGGAUUGGGGUGAUUUCAAUUCCGCAAGCACUCCAAACCAACAACAACAACAACAACAGCCUAUCACGCCAGCUAAUCAACAGAAUUGGGUGCAGUUCUGAAAAUUAUUCUGAAACUGUGCAAUUGUGAUUUGGUUUCUAAUGUCUGGUGUGUGUCAGUGUGUGCACAUUACUUACAUAGAUAUACUUAAUGUUAUACGAGUAGGAACCAACGGCUUGCAAUCAGUAUCACUAGAUAUAUGAUAGUAUGAUUCACAUUAGUUCAUUGUGUGAGGCUAGUUGUGUUAAAGUACAGACACCAGAUCACAAUCACGUUAAUGCAAUAAUAUUUAUCAUCAUUGUAACAUUUAUUGUCUGUAUAUGUUGUAAUACUUAUAUGAUAAUUCUAUAUUAUAUUUAGACCAUAGUUAAACUAGAAUAUCUUUGGCUCUACUAAUUAUAUUGUAGUUAGAAUUAUUAGUAUUGUUAAAAGCAUGUCAUAGUUUCUAUGUAAAUAGUUACUGAUAUAAAAAUAAAUGUUUAAUAGUUGAGACGUGUACAAAUAUCGACUUGUUUUGCUUUUAAUUACAGUAGAUCUGCUUUUACAUUCGUGAGUGAUGUACAAAUUACUAAACUCUUGUUGUAAUAAAUUUCAACAGAUAGGUUUUAUAGUUGAUUAUUUUAGGUUUUAAAACACUUUUUUUCAACUUUGUUGUAUUGUUUUAGUGUCGUUUUCUGUAUCAUACAAACAGAGGCGAUUCGUACUUAUUUUUUUUUAUUUUAUGAAUAAUAGUAUUUUUAGUGUU